CACCAGGCUACACAAUCUCCGCCUCCUCCCCCUCCUCCGCUACUUCCCCAUCUGUCUAGUCGUUGUAUCUGGAGGACUUCCUCGUGGAAGCUCAGCGUCGCAAAUACUUUCGCUGCGCUGUGCUCUGGCAAUCUCUCGCUGUUGGUUACUCGUGUGUAUUCUUCAUUUCAACCUUGCCUUGCAGUCGAUUCUACUUGGUUAGGGAGAAUUCGUUGGACGUCGACCAGGGCCAGAGUUGCAGUUCAAGAGAGUGGGAAAUUUGUAAGGAAGGUUUAAGUUGUUGGGUUCUUGGGAAAUUGUGUUUAGAGCUGCACAUCCGGUAUAGGUGUGAGUGAAAUUUUUGCUUUAGAUCCUACAUUGAUGUAGUUGCGUUUGACGAGAAGUUGUGUUGUGAUUUUCUGCAAUGGAUGGAGGGAAAUCAUGCAGACCUAGCUAUCAGACUGAUGACCUGCUUGAGGUUCGAGUAGUAGUUCGAAAUAACAGUAGCUCUAAACCUUUUGGGUGAACUAAAAGUCCUCCACGCCAUAGCCACGAAAUUAGCCAUAUUGUUUGCGUUACGAUUUCGACUGUUGGUGCAUGAGAAACUUUGAAAAUUUUGAAACCGAUAGGAGUGAAGUUGGCCCUUGAGUGCGAAGAGUUUGCCCGAGCUGGCUAUGGCCUUACCAUGGCUUGAACUGGUCAUAGCGUUUCUACAAGGGUGUAACUGAAAAGGUUCCAAAGGAGAUGGGUCCCAAAAAGAAAGGGAAGGGGAAGAAAGCAAAAGGAAAAAAACGGAAGCCUGACCCUGGUUGGGCGAAGACUGUACGGUGGGGAACUUGGAGUAGACCAUAUGAGUCGAUGCCAAGUUCCGCGUUAUCGCCAAAGUUUGGUGUCAUUCGAAUAGAAUUUCUUGCAGCUGUCAAAGAGGUCUGGCAAAUCUUGCUACAUAUUUUUGCUACCGUUUCUUAUGUGUACAAGAGCAAAUAUAAGCACCGAACUCUUCUGCAAGCAGCCGUGUCUCUAAUCCCCAAGUGCCUGCAGUUAGACAUGAUAUGGAGCAAGACUCUUGCAGAGGAUUUCUUAAAAGAGCUAUUUAGCAUCCCACGACCUAACCUGGAAUUUUUCUGUAUACGAGGAGCUUAUCUCUUAAAGAGAUUUGUGUUAUCACCAUAUGAGAUUCUCACGGGAUUGAAACGUCUCGACAUUGGUUGCAUGGAUGCUCUAGAGUUUGUCCUAAUACAGUGCACAUCGCUGGAGUGGCUAUCUCUAAGUCGCUCAAAAUCCCUCACGAAGGCAUUGAUAGAAGCUCGCAAUUUACAGAGCCUUGUUAUUGACAAUUGCCUCGAGCUAUCCAGCCUUAUGGUAUGGAGUCAACAGCUCACAACUCUGACAGGAUUGUACGAUUCGAAAAAGCUACAAGUCCUCUUCCUUGAUUGCCCCACCCUUGUCAAUUACGAGAGACCAGUGCUCUAUGUAGUACCAAAGCCCAAAGUACUUCACCCUUCCUUGCUGCAGUUGCGAAAAUGGGAGGAUAAACAAGCAGAUAAACCCGAACUUGAAUUCGGGCUGUUGCCGAAGGACCUUGUGGUUGAUGACGAUGCUUUGAGUGAUGAUACACUCUACCCCAACGUUCCUUGCUUCCCUCGAACCCACCUGCAAGGUUUCUAGACCAGGUACAAGCUUCUUGGUCUAAAUUAAAUUUGGCCAGGUGCAGUUGCAACAAUGGUUGCAUGUAUGUAGAGGAAGCAGUAUUUGGAGACAUUUCAGAGUUGACGAUGAAGGAACAACUCUAAUCAUGAAAUCCUUGUUCAGAGCUUCAAAGCUGCCUUAGUUCUUCGGAAGUAGUACCACUGGGCAAGGACAUGCUUUACAUUCACCUAGUGAAACUGGUUUUACUGCAUUCAAUCAUCUGACACAGCUAAAGGGAUGAUAGUGUUUUUGAGUGACAGGUUCAUUUUUAUUUUUCUGCUUUUUUUGUCUGAUAUGUUUUUCUUUGUUUUUCUUUGUUUGUUUGUUUUUUGUUUUGUUUUGUUUUGUUUUUUCUUUUAUUUUGUUUUUGUUUUUUGCUUUUUUGUUUUUCCUCGUAUUUCUUCUGUGUGGAACAAUAGAUCAUAAUCUUGGUAUAGUAGCUCUCAGAGAUGCUGUGAUUCGUCUUGAUAGCAUACACAGGUGUAAAAAUAUUGUGCACAAGACUUGGCAUUGACAUCACCCUAGCCAAUCCUCAAAGGAUGCCCUCCAAUACUUCGAAUUUGCAGGAAGAAUUUUCCAGUAUUCUCAUGAGAAUAUUAUCUUUUCUCAAUGAUGACCCUUUUGCAAAUGUGUUUUUACACAUGUUAAUUUAAUAUGUGAUAAUUAAUGUAUUUUUUGUACAAAGAAAUAUAUAGUAUUAUUUCUUUUAAGUUACCUUUCAGUAUGUUAUAACCGGUGAUAAGUUUUGAUAAAUUGAACUGACUUGGUUACACUAUAGUGAAGUUAUAAUUCUCAUAAGUUAUCAGUUAUGGCCAAGGAGGGAAAAACUAGAAGGCUAUAACUUUGAAGAGGGUGUAAAUAGUAGAGAAUUUAGCUUAGCGAAGAAUCUAACAUGGUCUAUUCAAGGACUUUUGUAUACAACUUCUUUUGAAUGUUGCAAAGAGUCUUGUAGAUAGUUUCUUUACCUA